AUGCAUUGGCAUGGUCUGAGUCAGUCCACUGCUCCGUUCUCCGAUGGUUCACCCCAGGCAAGUCAAUGGCCCAUCAAGCCGGGAGAAUACUUCGACUAUGAAAUCAGGCCGAACGUUGGUGAGGCUGGAACACAUUUCUACCAUUCCCAUGUCGGAUUCCAAGCAGUAUCUGCAGCCGGACCUCUCAUUGUUGAAGAAAAGCACGGUAAAUCGCCACCUUUCCCGUACGAUGAAGAACGCAUCCUUUUCAUUUCCGAGCUGUACAACAAAACCGACUCGAUGACGGAGACCGAGCUGCUCAGGCCCUAUGAUGUGGUCCGAUGCUUCCCUGGUAUGAGUGCGAACGAGACCGACACGCCUGAGCCGUGGGUCAUGCCUGAUCCAUCACUCGUGGAAAGCUGUGGGCCUGAAGUAAUCCAAGUUGACCCCGACAAAACAUAUCGCAUGCGAGUCAUUGGUGGACCAGCUCUUAACCUCGUGACCAUGGGGUUCGAAGACCACCAAGAGCUGUCGAUCAUGGCUGCGGAUGGGAAAUACACCAAGCUGGCGAAAACGGAACGCAUCCAGAUUGCCUCCGGCCAGCGCUUUGAUUUCCUCCUCCACACGAAGACGGAGGACGAGCUCCGGCGUCUGGGGAAAAGUGCGUUUUGGAUCCAGAUGGAGUCCCGCUAUCGACCGAUGAACGUCUCUUCCUACGCGCUGCUCUCGUACAACACGCCCAGCGAUCUUGCCUUCAACCAGACCACCGACUUGGUGCCUCCCGAGAAACAGCCCCUAACCCUGCCGAACAAGGUCUACGACUGGCUGGAGUAUGUUCUGGAGCCCUUGGAACCCAACGGGUUCCCAACCGCCGAUAAGGUGAACCGGACGGUGGUCCUGACAUCGCUGCAGCUGAUCGCGAAGGAGGGCGUGUAUGCGGCGGUAUCGAACCGCACGUGGACCGAAACCAAUCAACACCGGAAUAACACUCCAUUCUGGAAACGGGAGCACCAGGCGGGCACCCCCUAUCUGGUUGACAUCUUCCGGCGCGGGGACGAAGCCAUACCGGAUUACGAGACCACGGUGCAGAAGCACGGCGGGUGGGAUCCCGAUCUCAACGUGUAUGUAGCCAAGGUCGGCGAGGUCAUCGAUAUUAUCAUGGUCAACCAGCCGAAUGGUCUGGACAUCGGCUUCGACCUUCACCCAUGGCAUAUACACGGCGGCCACAUCUAUGAUCUGGGCAGCGGGCCUGGCUCGUACAAUGCGACAGCGAACGAGGAGAAGUUGAAGGGGUACAACCCUGUGAUAAGAGAUACGACCAUGCUGUACAAAUACACCCCGGGCCAGUAUGUGGGUGAGAAUAAGAAUUUCACGGAUCAAGGAUGGCGGGCGUGGCGAUUACAUGUUCAGGACCCCGGAGUGUGGAUGGUACACUGCCACACACUUCAGCAUAUGAUUAUGGGAAUGCAGACUGUGUGGAUGAUGGGCAAUGCAUCCGAGAUCACGCGUGGAGUAUCGCCGGAGUCUUUGGAAGGCUAUCUGAAUUACGGAGGUGAUGCUUAUGGCAAUGCUAGCUACGAUCCCAUUGUGCAACAUCAUUUUGAUUAUGGGUUGCAACAAAUCCUUCAAUGA